AUGAGCCGUCUAGCGUUCAAGUCCGCGGUGUACCACGGCUAUUUGCGCCUGGGGGAGCUGGACGCGGUCCCGGCGAACGGCGACAGCUUCCAGUUCCCCAACAACGAGAUUCGGAUCCACCACAUCUCCCCGAUCAGCGAGAGGUGCCACCCUCUCUCGAUCCUCCAGACCGUGUCCUCGUUCUCGGUCCGGUGCAAGCUCGAGCCGUCCUCCGCGGUCGAGCAGGCGAAUUUGAUCAGCCUGCACGACUCUUGCCUCCAAGAAUUCAAGGUCUCUGUUCGCGACGAAUCGUCCGAUUUCAAUUGCUCGAAAGUCGCUCUGUGUCCUUUUAGUCUUACUGUUGAAUGUCUUUCGUGUGGUACAGAGUGCUUGGUUAUUAUGAUCAGGUCUUGCAUUGUCUCUGCAGCGUGUAGUGUUUCUGUUGGUUUUAGAGAGUGUGUGAGUGAGAGGUCUGAUGGAUGAAUCUGGUUU